GAAGCAGGAAAGAAAACUGAACUUACUCAUUUACCAAUACUGAGCCACCACUACUGCCUAUGUGGUGGUAUGGUGGUUUAGAACUGAAAUAGUGGUACACAUAUCGAAGGAGAGAGAGAGAGAGAGAGAGAGAGAGAGAGAGAGAGAGAGAGAGAGAGAGAGAGAGAGAGAGAGAGAGAGAGAGAGAGAGAGAGAGCAGGUGGAUACUGACCAUUCUCGAGAUUGGAGAUCUAUACAUUUGCUGUGGCCUGAGAGGAGAGGAGGUCAGGGAGAAGUAGAGAGGGAGAGAGAGAGAGAGAGAGAGAGAGAGAGAGAGAGAGAGAGAGAGAGAGAAAACGGAGAGAGAGAGGUAGAGUAAAAAGGAGAGUGAUAGAGAGUAAAGGUGAAAAACGUGACAGUAGUGUGUCGGGACCCCGUGGAGCCUCAACAGACGCCGUCAUGACAACACAGUUAGCCCCUCCUGCGUCUCCGGCGCGUACCCUGUCUGAAGAGCAGUUCCAAUGCUCCAUCUGCCUGGAGGUGUUCGUGGAGCCCGUCUCCACACCAUGUGGGCACAGCUUCUGCAAGGCCUGCCUGAUGGGCUACUGGGACCACAGCAAGAAGUUCCUGUGUCCCAUGUGCAAGAAAAGCUACACUAGGCGGCCGGAGCUGUCCGUCAACCGCGUGCUGGCAGAGAUCGCCGCCCAGUUCCAGGGCAUGUCCGUGCUGGAGGUCGGAGGAAGCGGAGGAGGAGGAGGAGGAGGCGGAGGAGGUGUAGGAGUGGGUGGUGGUGGAGGAGGAGGAGGGUCAGUUGGAGGGUCCCCGAUGAAGGGUGGCAGCAGUAGCAGCCGAUCAAGGGGCACGGGGGACUACGCCGUGGAAGGUGACAUCGCGUGUGACGCCUGCAUCGGGAGGAAGCUGAAGGCCCUGAAGUCCUGCCUGAGCUGCCCGGGCUCCUUCUGUGAGACGCACCUGCGGCCGCACCGCAAGGUGAAGACGCUACAGUCCCACCGGCUGGUGGCGCCGGCCAUCGCCCACCUGGAGGACAAGCUGUGCCGCAAGCACGAGCGCCUCCUGGAGGCCUACUGCCGCAACUGCCACGUCUGCAUCUGCCCCGACUGCGCCGAGCAGCAGCACCGCACACACGACAUCGUGUCCACCGAGCGGGAGUGGAAGAAGAAGAUGAGCCUGGUGACCAAGAGGCGAGCGGAGAUGAAACACCUCAUCAAAGAGCGCGCCAAGAAGCUGGACGAGAUCAAACAGUCCAUCAAGGUCAUCAAGUCCUCAGCCCAGAAGGAGUUGGAGGACAGCUGGCAGCUGUACGCGGAGCUGCAGAAGGUCCUGGAGAGGAGCCAGGCGGAGCUGGUGGAGGAGAUCUCCACGCGGCAGCGACAGGCCGAGGAGCAGGCCAGGGAGCUGUCCCACAGCCUGGAGCAGGAGCUCAACAUGAUCAAGAGGAGGAGCAACGAGCUGGAGACGCUCAUACAGACGCACGACCGAGUGCUGUUCCUACAGCUGCUUCCCACUCUGCCCCCGCCACCACCCGAGCCUGCUGAUUGGUCCGGCGUCACGGUGAACACUGACAUCUACCUGGGCACGAUCAGGAAGUCGGUCAACUCGCUGGUGGACAAGUUCCAGGACGAGCUCAAGAAGCUGCAUGGCAAAGAACUUGUGAAGCUGCAGAACUAUGCAAACGAGGUGCUCCUGGACCCUGCCACUGCCCAGCGUAACCUGACCGUGUCGGAGGACGGCCGGCAGGUGCGCUACGAGGAGCACCGCAGCGGCACCCACAGCAACAACGACAGCCCGCGCCGCUUCAACCCCGCCCUGUUCGUCAUGGCGCGCGAGGGCAUGACGUCCGGUCGCCACUACUGGGAGGUGGACGUCAGCCGCAAGACGGCCUGGACGCUGGGCGUGGCCCGCGCCUCAGCCCGGCGCAAAGGUGAGCUCCGGCUGAGCCCGGAGGGCGGGUUCUGGUGCCUGUGGCUGAAGGAGGGUAAGGUGAAGGCGCUGACGACCAACCGGAUGACCCUGGAGCUGCCCGCGCCGCCGCAGAAGGUGGGGGUGUUUCUGGACCACGAGGCCGGCAGGGUGUCCUUCUACGACGCCAGGCUGCGCACGCACCUGGUGACCUUCGAGAGCGUCUUCGACGGGGAGAACCUGCACCCCAUCUUCAGCCCCUGCCCCAACCAGGACGGCAAGAACUCAGCGCCACUGGCACUGACAACUGUUAAGCAUGGGUGAGAGCAGACAAGGUACUGGGGUG